UGGGUUAAUCUGAACCCUCACAGGAAUAGGAUUAGAGGAAAAACUCCAGUAACUACGGGAAUAGCGAUUCUUCUUCGUCGUCGGAGAAUGGAGAAGCCGAUGGAAGAGGGGCCUUCGUCCCCGACUUCGCUGGUGGUGAGUAGCCCUAGGAGGACGAUGAGCCUCCUACGGGAGAGGAGGGCGAGGGUCGCCUCCUCCUCUGCCUCCACCUCCGCCGCCAUUGCCGAGCUCCAGGAGAAGGGGUUAGAGGAGACGAAGAUGAGGGGCGCCGCGUUCGCCGCUGAGCAUGGGCCGAAGCCCUCCGAGGUCUACGGCUUCGUCGGAUCCAUCACCACCGUGAUCGCCACCGUGAUCUUCUUGGUGUGGGCCUAUAUACCCGAGCGGUGGUUGCAUUCCUUAGGAAUCACUUAUUAUCCUAGCAAGUAUUGGGCGUUGGCAGUUCCAUCCUUCGUUAUUGUAGCAGUCGUUUUAGGGCUGAUCUUUUAUUUGGGCUUAAACUUUAUGCUGACGCCGCCUCCAAAUUCCUUCAACACAAUGUUUGGUGAGAUUUAAUUCUUUUUCUUCUUAAUUUGUAAAUGUAACUUCCAAGAUAGUUGAUACCAAAUGUAAAACUCAUUUGUAUCUUGGAUUAAAAUCUUUUGAGCAAAUAGUGGAUGGUGCUUAAGGAUUAAGCUGAUAUGAAAGGUCGGAUGCUUUUGAGGUUGCGGUAGCAAAUUUUUACACAUUCCAAAUGAGUUUUUUGCUGGAAGACAUAGUUCAGACAUUCACUGCUCAGAAUUCUGAGUUCAUGUUCUAUAUAAAUGAUAUAACUUUUGAACUGAGGUUUGAUGGUAACAUUGCCUGGAGCUGGGAGCAAUUCUAAGGAGGCUAUUUUUUACUUCCUAAGAAUAGAGAGUACUGCUACAAGCUUAUGCACUCAUUU